CCUGCCCAAAUGAUCAUCAAAAUGGCAGAAGUAAUCCCAAAAUUUAUGCAACUUUCACAACGGGUCAUACGAAUAUUGGGUUGCAAUCCCGGACCAGCAACCUUGCAAGGUACUAAUACUUACCUAGUUGGAACCGGAAAAAGGUACAAGCAACACUUUUUUUUAUCUUACUACGUAGUUAGGGAUCGUUUGCAAAUUAGGGUUGGAAAAAAAAUGGGGGGGGGGGGGGGGUGGAGAAUUUGGUGUAAUUUACAAGGAACACUGCCAAUAUUUUAUCAAAUUUCAGCAAUGUAUCCCUAAAUCGAUCACUAUGCCUAACCUGAAGCUAAAUUGACACCUCAGCCUAACUUAAACCCUAAUUCACUGCAACUAUAAAAAACACAGAAGACCCUGUAGCAGCUGUCCUCAGAUUUAGCUGAAUUUGUGACAGGGGGAAGGGGGGGUAAAAAAAUUUGUGACGUCACAAAAAUAUUUAAAUCUAUUAUUUUCUAAAUUUGAAAAAUCUUUUUCAAUUAAUUUUAAAAGCAUUAACCCUUACUUUUUGUGUGUAUAGCCUCAGUCCCGGUUAUUAUCUUGCAAAUUAUUAUUAUUAAAUUAGUCCCUGUGGCUGUGGCCCAGACAUUAUUUUGGAAUGAGCCAAAAUUUGAUACGUUUGCAAAUUAUUUUGUGACUAACUUGUUUGAAACAAUUGCUAAUAACAUAAAAAGAAUUAUCUGUUCAGAAAUAGAUAAGGGUGUUAAAAAAACUAAAGUGUUGUGUUCAAACUUUUCAUUUUCUUGGGCAAUGGGCACACUAGGGGCAGGGGAUUGUGCAUAAGUCGUCAUUAACAAUUGACAAUAGCGAUAGUGUAGCGCCAUGGAAAAAACAAAUACAAAUAAGGACUACUCUUGUGUUAGUAAUCUUAGACUUAGUCUUAGUACUCUUAGUCUUAGCGUCUAAGAACUUACUAAACUAAGUCUUUACUAUUACUGUCUAUGCUUAGAAGUGCAUAGCAAGGCUUGGGAUCUAUCUAUACUGCAGACUACACUACAGGGUAAUAAGGGGAGAGACAGCAAUUAGGUUAGCACAAUGUAAAAUAGAGUAAGGUUAAACCUAGAAAAAGGAACGCAACAAAACAACGAAAGUGUCGGCAGAAAGCCUUCGCCAGCGAACAAAACAACAGAAAAAAAACGGUAUAAAAUAAAAAUAAGAAAUAGCACUUAGCUUAGAAGUAGUAUCGUGGGCAGCAAAAGAAAUGUGGAAACAUUUUUCUUUUAAGCUGGAGUUGCCGAUCUUCAUAUUUUGACUUAGGAACCCUAGGGUCGUGUUUGCCCGUUUGCACACAUUGUUAAUGUGCUCCUCCCAGCGGACCUCUCUUUAAAUGAUAACACUGAGGUACCUUAUGAAGGAAAGUGGAUCAUGAAUAUGGCCAUGCAAUUCGUAAGGGUGGUGUAGAGGGGUUCUGCUUCUGGAGACUGAAUAAAAUGAGUAAAACAGAGUAGGGUUAAACCUGAAAAAGUAAACGCAACAAAACAGCGAACGUGUCGGCAGAAAGCCUUCGUCAGCGAACAAAACAACAGAAAAAAUGUUAUAAAAAUAAGAAAUAGCACUUAGCUGGUAAGUAGUAUCUAUUGCUGCCCACAGAUACUACUUACCAGCUAAGUGCUAUUUCUUAUUUUUAUAACGUUUUUUCUGUUGUUUUGUUUGCUUACGAAGGCUUUCUGCCGACACGUUCGCUGUUUUGUUGCGUUUAUUUUUUCAGGUUUAACCCUACUCUGUUUUACUCAUUUUAUUUUGUACUAACCUGAUUGCAGUCUCUCCCCUUAUUACCCAUUCUGGAGACUGACCGGGUCUGUCACUUGACGGGAAGAAAUUCCAUGUCUCAGCUCAUCUCUCACUCAGCUAACCGAUGGAGUUCCUGUUGUAGCUGGUGCUGGUCAGUACUGUUAGUGAUCAUUCUGUACAGCACCAUGUCAUCUGCGAACAGUCUCUCUUGGAGGUCAGCUUCUCAGGCAGGCCAUUGAUGCUAGGAACAAACAGGGGCCUAGCACUGAGUCCUGGGGGGCUCCUGACUUAACACAGACAAAGGAGGAAGUUGUGCCAUCUACCACUACUGCCUGGCAUCAGUUGCUGAGGAAGCUAGAGAUCCAUGUUUUGAUAGUUCCUUGAUUGCCAUGACACGUCUGCCAUCAAUGCAACCAAGACAGCAGCCAUGGGAAAUAAGUGGCCUGCCAAACGUAAAUUUUCCCAAUUUUAGAAUUAAAGUAUGCCUAGUUGACCUACACUUAAACUCUAAUCUUUUAGAAGUUUGAUUCAGUAACAACUUAAGUUAGGGUUUGGUUCAGCAACCACUGAAGUUUGGCAAUUUCAGUAAUAUUAGUUUUUAUAAACUAAGCGUUUUCAUAGCAGUGCAUUAAAAUUGAAAAAAAAAACACUUUCUUUAGCUCUCAUAGUACUGGGUUUUAUAUCACUAUAAAUGUAUGGGUCAUUAAUAUUUAGUGAAAAAAUAGGGAAUCAUAAUUUUUUUUUAUUGAGUUUAAUGUUUUUAUCGUAUUGAAAAGACAAUUCAAAAUGGCUUACCAAUCUUCUCCACCUUAAAAUGCUCACUGAGUGUCACUGAUACUUUUCUUGCACAAAGCAUAUUAGAUUUAUACACAAUUCUAAUUUUGUUUGUUUUUAAAUGAUGCAAGUCAACUACAUAGUGGUUGUUGAUUACUUGUUCACGCAUUAAUGCAAAUAAAGCCUAUGUGCAAAAGGUUGUUGGCGGGGAAGAUAAAAAAGAUCAUUUUGGUUUACAAAAAAUCAUUUCACCAUUGGGUUUUUUAGUUUUAAUUAAAAUAUUAGCAUUUCUGGCGUAAUUAGUGAUGUGCCACAUUUGUAAAACAUUUUUGGAUCUAUUAUGUUUGGAAUAGGCUCAUGUGGUUCAUUCUCAAUGGUGUUCAAAUUUGGGUUCGGUUUGGUCGCCAUCAGGUUCUGUUCUGUCAUCAGCAGGGUUUGAGUUUGAUGUGUUCAGUUCGUGUUGGGUUUGGUUCAUGUUACAAACCCGUUCUUACCAAGUUUGUUAGCUUCGAUUUGUCUAGGGGUUAUUAUAUUAAUGACAAAAAACCAUUGAUUAUUAGAAUAAAGUAUCUUUAUGAACCAAACUACAUCAUCAACUGCCAUUAUUCAAAAACACAACAAACUCCACAACAAUACGUCAUUUCCACGUAAGCACAAUACGUCACAAAAUACCAAACAUUUAAUAUCAACAUCUACCCAAAUACUCUACAAACAACACAUAAUCACACUAUACAUUCAAGUCCUUAACAGUUUACAUCUCUAAUUUAAAAUAUUACUAUGUCAAAUAUUAUUUAUAAAAGAUCCUGCCAGAGACUCUCUCAACAUUCAAUUUUUUAAUAGUUUUAGUUUAGUGCCUAUUUAAAUUUUAACUAUUUAUCAUAGUGGAUUUAUUUUUUUAAUAAUUUUUGGUUUUGGUCUUGCUAUUAAUUAAUGAUAAUAUUGAUUAACCUAUUAGACCUAUCAUUAACAUAUCAAAUAUUAAACCAUAAGUGCUCACAGAUAGUCUUGAGUUUAGUAUACAAAAAUAUCACCCCUCAAAAAUAUGGAGAUAACUAAAACUUUAAAUAAUUUUUUUUUAAAGGAAAUCAAAACCAAUUUUCUAGGUUAAUUUCUUAUUUGUAGUAUAGUAGUUUUUAAGUUAUGAAUAUUGAUCUAUUAUUUAUUUAACCAUAGCCAAAGGAAAUAAAUAAGAGUUUUUCUUAAAUUUUUAUAGAUUCACUUGUUGGCUGUUUGCAGACGAAUCCUCAUAGACACCGGAGACCCCAAUGUAAAUGAAUAUAUUGAAUUGCUCAAGACAUCCUUGUCAGAUCAUUCAGUUGAUAUUCAAGAAAUCAUUGUGACACAUUGGCACCAUGAUCAUGUGGGAGGUGUGGAUGGAAUAUGUCGAGCUCUUGGAUCAAGUAUGCAUUUUGUAUAAAUUCUUUUUACAUGGAAUUGCAAGUAGUGCUUAGUAUAAAUAUUUAUGUAUCUGUGUAUAAUUCAUUUUUUAAAAUCUUUCCUUAAAAUAUAUUAAGAACAUUCAGAAUUAAGAACCAUACAUUAAUUAAAUCACAUUGUUUUUGCCUAUUUUUACAAACUCUCACUCUCUCUCACUCAGUCUCACUCACUCUCUCACUCACUCAAUCUCUCACUCAAUCUCUCUCACUCACUCUCACUCACUCACUCUCUCACUCACUCUCACACUCACUCACUAUCUCACACUCCCUCUUUCUCACUCUCUCUCUCAUUCUCUCACUCACUCUCUCUCUCCCUCAGUUUCUCACUCUCACUCACUCAGUCUCUCACUCACUCACUCAAUCUCACUUCCCCCCUUCCCCUCCCCAUUACAAAAUGUUAGAUCCCCUGAAAAUUUUAUGUCACAAAUAUCAUUUCAAAAUUAAAAUUAAUUCUUUGAUUCACCUAAUGUUUCAAAUCACUUUCAUUUUUUAUUUUAUUAUAUAUUCAAUGUUACUCUGCAAACUGAUUUGUCAAAUUUGUAAGAAACAUUUACUGCUCCAGCUGUCUUCAAUUCACAAAAAUUAAUUAUUGGGGGAAAAAAAACAAUUUAAAAAAAUUCAUUUAAAAACAACUGGGCAGUUUUUGAUGGGAGGUCUAAAUUAAAUUAUGCUUUCAUUUCCUAUCUAAAACCAAUAGACCUGUGAAGUCCCUAUGGAUAUGGAAUUACUGCAACGGUGUCAGAAACAUUUCCCUAAAAAAUUCACUUUGUUAAUUUUUCCUGGUCAAUCUUUUCUUUUUGUUGACCUAUCCCACUUCACGUGUACCUCAGGCUCCAAUAUUGGCAUUUUUUACUUUUUAAAAGGAAUUAUCUCAACGUUCAAAGUCACUGCACCUUGGACUCUCGUCCUGUAACUUCAUCGGGUGGUCAGGGUGGGCUCUGACCUCACAUACUCAUAUACCGGUUCUCCACAGUACCGAUACUACUGGUGAUCAUAGUUUAAAAAAAUGAAAACAUGGAAUAAAAUACAAUCAAUCAAUCAACAAUCAAGCAUUCACUAACUUAGAGAAAAUUUUAAUCAUUAAAAUCGGUGUGAAAAUAAAUUAUAGUAAAAAUCCUUUCAAUUAUAUCCACUUUUUAUUUGGAAUUACAUUGCUUAACUCUUCUCCCCCCCCCUUUCUCCCCCCCCCUUUCACCCCCAUCACAAAAAACCGUCCUAAUGAAAUAUGUGUUUUGAUUAUGUUAUACAGUGUUUAAAAAAAAAAAAUUUUCCCAGGAGUUGAAUAAUUAUUUCAAAUCAUGCAAAUUAUAACCUCUGCUCACACAGAUUUACUACUUUUUGAAUUCAUUAAUUCAUAAGAUUUUCUUUUCCUAAAGGGUUUCUUACCUCCAAGAUAAAAAGAGAGUCAGCUGCUGACUUGCCUUUGCUAGAAACAAGUUACAAUUUCAUCAAAGAUAGGCAGGUCUUUAAAACUGAAGGUGCCACACUCAAGUAAGUGAACGUUAAUUAAUAGCUCCCUGUGUGAAGCAAGUUCGGUUAGUCAGUCUUUGAGAAAUUGAAAUCCGGUUUAAAUGUUUAAUCAAAAGUUUUGAGUCACUUUUGUAACCCUAUUGCUGAACUUAUGCCAGAGAUUGUCAAUGGGGGUUUGGCUUAUUUAGAUUUUAAGGUUAAAUAUGCGGGGAAAGCUAAAUCUUGUAGCCAUGAAAUGAAAUCAAGAACUCAGUUAUAUUUUACCUGAGCAAGAUUCUUUUAUUAAUCCAAAUAAAUAGAAAUGUGUUACUUUGUACAUAUCCAUUUUCAGCACAUGGAUAAAUAUUCUUAUUAAGACAGCAUUUUUUAACUAGAAAAAUUUUAAACACUAGACUUUGAAAUUGUUAUUCAAGCCCAAAAUUCAGUUAUAUUGUAACAUAAAACCUCUCUCCCUUAGUGAAAAUAUGUUUUAAAAGUACAAGUUAUUCUCUUUCAAAAGUUUAAGGGUUAAAAAUGUCUUGCCACCUUUCAGUAAGGUCAUUAACAAACAUGAAAAAAGUUUAACAAACACCUUCUUGACUGUAAAAUCAGAAAAAGCCAUUCUCAAGCUACAUUCACACAGCAGAUUUGUUGAAGCCACAAAUCUCAGUGGUGAAUCCAAUGUUAAAAAUCAAUGACACAGAUAUCCGACGUUGGUGUCCACACUGAGCAGGCACAACUUUGAAAUCUGAUACAGAACUUUUGUCUAUAUCUAUCAAUCUUAAAUGUAUGUGCUAGCAACGGUCAAUAACCUGCAGCUGCCUUUGGCUCUUUGAAGGAAUAAAUUUGGCAUUUUUCUUUUAUCUAUGAUUUUACCAAUAACCACCUGUGCCAUGAAAAUUAACAAGUACAAAUUGUUUUUUUAAACCUUUAAUUCAUUCCAUUUUUUAAAAACAAGACAUGGUUUCUCUAUAAUCUUUUUCGUCUUGCCCACUCCAAUUAAAUAAAACUUUAAAUUUAUGUCACAAAGUUUAUAUCGAUUGCCGAUACAAAUAUUAAUUAAAAUUUGUAAAUGAGUUCACUGAUAUAAAAUAAAAUUCAUCAUAUUUAAUAAUAAUAAUAAUAAGUGGUCUUAUAUAGCGCGGUACCCCAGCCUAGGACUGGGCUCACCGCGCUGUACAUAAAAAAAUUAGCAAAGAGACAUAAUCAUGAUAUUAAAAUAAAAUACAUAAAUGAAAUAAAAAACAGCAUGUAAGCAAAAAACAAAGGUAUAUUCACCCACCCACCCCAGAAAUUUUGUGUGUGUGCGACCUCUCCAUUUUAUACCGGUUGCUAUUUUGUCAACCUGUCAGGUGAUGACAAAGCAUGUGAAUUAUAAAAAUGUGAUGGGAUAGUUUUUGUAUAUGGCCAGCAAACAUUAUACUUCAACACUCACAAACCCGUGAAAAUGAAAUUUGACAGCCCCAUUUUUGUUGCAGCGAGUACACAGGGUCACAGCGUAGCACAUAGUCACAGAAAGUUAAGAAUCCAAUCAACAAAUCGACAGUAUGAAAGUACUUUAAUGAACUCAAAUCCCUGCAAUGUCCAAUAUAUAUGUGCUUUCAUUAACCAAAAUGAAAGAAAAAGAUACUCCUCCAGAUUGUGAUGUAAAUGAAAUUGCAAUUUUUUAAAUUUAUCCAACUGGUCUAAUUACACUCUGGUGAGACAACAGAGUACUCUAGAUCAGGCCUGCACAACAUAUGGCCCUGGGGCCCCAUGUGGCCAGCCAGCACCCACUUUGCAGCCCGGAAGUAACGAAAUAUUCUUUAUUCUUAUUAUUUUCUUAAUAGCUUUCCUCCUGACCUAUUUAUUUUGGCCCGCACAAGUCCUGUCCUAUUUUCUUUUGGCCCACUCGAGUUCUUCACAAUGUAUUAUGGCCAGCCUAACAUUUUGAGUUGUGCAGGCUUGCUCUAGAUCUAGAUAGAAGACCUAAAUUCAGAUUUGUUAUUUUGUUUAACUGCUGGCAGUGUAGAGGCGGGCACUAGAAAGUGUAUCAAUAAUAUCAUGGCCCUGCAGAGACUGAAGCUUUAAAUUGUUAUUGAAUUACAUAUUUUUUUAUGUGUGUAGCUUAAGCUGGAUCAAACAUAAGGUACGGUAUUUACUUUUAGAGAAUCAAGCUUUUGUAGCUUCAGUAUUAUUGUUUACCCCUGAUUUCCCUUAAAAUGAUGAAUGUAAGUAAUCAGUAGACUAAAAAAUCAGUAAAAUACCAUCAUAAGACACUCGCUAAGGUAGGGGUUCUAAACUUUUUUACACCCCCAGAUCCCUAUCUUGAUUUCAAAACAUAUUUCCUGAGACCCACAAUAAAUAAUGGUAAUAAAAAUGCAAAUAAACUUGAUUUUCUGAGACUCUUGCCCUUGACACUGCCUCAUGUGCCGCCCAAGUUAAGAACCCCUCUGCCAAGGUGUCAAUAAAAACAAGCCACACCAUCGUCUCAUGAAGACAGACUGUUGCAAAGACGUGACCAUCUUACAGAGUUUUUUUUCUCCAUGUAGCAAGAUGUUGCUUACUCCUCAGAGCCUACCAUGGCCCAGGACACUCAGAAGACCACAUAGUCUUACAGCUUGAAGAGGACGGAUCAGUGUUUUCAGGAGAUACUAUUUUAGGGGGCAGUACAACUGUGAGUUGUGAGAUCAACAGAAAAUAAUUUACAUAGUUUGGUGGCUUUGUUUUGUACAGCAUUGUUUUAUCAAUUUUUUUUUUACCCUAACCUUCUUUUACUGAAUUGUUACGAUCUUCCUUCGGUAAACCUUAUUAUCGUGGUUUAUGUUCUUAGCGCCUGGUCCUACUUUACUACAUACACACGUGAGCUGUGCUUGGUUCAUACGUAAGACAAUAACCAACGCUCAAUUGAAGUAAUGAAACCUUUAUUAGUUAUAAUAAUUGGCAGUUUACAAAAUUUUGUUUGUUAGAAAUUCCUCACGACACUACCUCCUGUCCUCAGACUAAAUUUCACAUCUACCGUUUAACUACUUCAAUCCCUCUCGACAACUAUCACUAAGCAUACUCUAAACUGAACACCACAAACUAACCCCAUGAUCUGACCUUGCUUAACCCCUCCUGAUUAAUCACAUCUCACCCUCACAAAAUCCACUCAGGGCCAACAACUUUUCAUAACAAAUGUUCACGACGCUUAAUCUAGUCCACAACAUGAAUGAUAGAUAGAUUUACAUAUAGUAUCUCUAUAAUUGUCGUCACUGGUAAUUAUAAAUGAGAAGAAUACAUUUCAUAAGCUUAAAUAGAUUAAAUACAAUACUCGACAUGAUGUUAAAAAUGAUUAUGAUGUUUUCAACACACAAAAAAAUAUUUAAAUGCAAUUUUCAGAUAAUUGAGGAUCUACAGUCAUACAUGAGAUCACUGAAUGAAAUUCUUGAGAUGGAGCCUAAAGUCAUCUACCCAGGUCAUGGACCUGUCAUUGAAAACCCUGUGCAGGUCAUCAAAUAUUACAUCAAGCAUCGGCACGACAGGGAGCAGCAGAUCAUCCAGUUUCUCAAAGACAAUCUAGGGCAAGAAUUAACAGCUAUGGAUAUUGUUAAAGGCGUAUACAAGGUAACUAUUAUUUAUUGUUGAUGUCCCUCCUCUCUCUCCCCCUCCCCCACAUCAUUCAGUUAAUACUUUUUUUAAAUAAUAAGGAAAAAAGAAGAAAUAUUUAUUGUAUAGUUUAUUUUUUUGCAGCUUUGGUCCUUCAUAUGAAGUUAUAAAUAGUGAUUUGAUGCAAGGAAUAUCAUGUUCGCAUGACUCAGGUCACCACAUGGUAAAUUUAACACUACAACCUGGUUUGUUGGGACCAUCAAAAAACAUGGCCAGCUUUGUCAGUACUUUGUUCUAAAACAUAUUUUUAAAGUUCAUAAGAUUUAACAGUAUUUUUUACUCUUAAACCUGACAUUUUUUUUUUUGAAGGGUGUGCAUGAAAACGUCUUUGAAAUGGCAGCUCAGAAUGUUACGUUACAUCUCCAGAAGCUUCAAAAGGAUCAUGUUGUUGGUAUGUCGUUUUUUGCUCAACGCAUUGUUGAUUCAUUAAAGUUUUAUUAUUCUCAAACCCAUUAUAACUAUCUCUUCCAAAGAAAUCAACUAUACUACAGAUAAAACUAAUUGAGAAAGUUGAAUUAUAGAUAAUUUAUGAGAAUGUUGUUAAGAAGCAAUAUCUUAAGUCAUAAUAAUUAUAAAUCUUAUUCAACUGUGCCAACUCAUUGUUAAAAAUAUCAACAAUUAAAUUUGUAUUGAAACUGAACAAUUUUAGAAGCAUGACAAACUAAGGUAAAAUAAUAUUUAUAAAUUGUUAAAUUCUAAUGCAUUUUUACUCGACACUUAUUGUUCAUUUAAUUUACUGUUCACUUCUCCUCUCUAGUGUCAAGGGAUGGAACACAUUGGAAGUUAGCUACCACAAGCAAUAUAUAAAUUAAAUAUUGCAUUUUAUGUAAUUAAGGACUUGUAUUUUUAAUAUUGUAUAUUGUAUGCAGACUUUAUAUUUUUUUAAUUAAAUUAAAUUUAAGUAAUCGAAUAUUGGCUAUACAAUGCUUCAAUUUAAAACAAGACAUUAAGAAAAAUGCGAAUCUGCUGCCUGUUUAAUUCUGUGAUGACACUAAAUUUACAGCAGCUACCUGCAUAUGGUGGAAAUUUCAUUGUUACUGAAAAACUGGACAAAUUUGUAAAUAAUUUAUUGAAUACAGUGAAACAUGUUUAACGCUUAACUUGAAAAAUCGGUUAACACAUAUUAAUGUGGUCCCUACAAAAUACUGGGUAUUUUCAUACGUUUUUUUUUCUGUUAACAUGAAAAAAAAAUAACACUAAAAGAUUUCACUUCUCGGAAUAAACAAAAUACAUGCACCUGCCAGUGAGAUCGUAGAGGGGUCUGAAAUAAAAAAGAGGUCUUGUCUCGUGUGAAGAAGGCUAACUGGAAAUGAAUAAUACAAGGGACCAUAUUGAACAAUUUGUUGACAAUUUGAUGCUAAAAAAGACUAUUCACAAAAAAAAAAUAUCAGAUUAUUUUCCGAAAAAUUAAUACAUUUUUUAUUUGUUUUUAUUACUAAAGUUAAGUUUUUAUUAAAUUUUUUAUUCCUUUUAUUAAUUAAAUGCAUGCUUACUCAUACAUACAUAUGUAUGUACAAAAUGUAUAAUAAUUUGAAAUGUAAAUAGUGAUGUUCUCAAAUAAAUGUAAUUUUGGUGAGUACAUUUUUUUUUGGUAUGCAUAUUUAACACGAAAUUCUUUCACAUGAAGAUAUAUUUCGGUCCUCUCAGUUUCGUGUUAAACAAUUUUCACUGUAUUUGAAACAAAAGGUUGCAUUGUUGACUGGGGAUCAAUAUCUACAUGUUGAAUGUUAAAAAAUAAAAAUUGAAACACUCCACACUCCCUCUUCUUAGCUGUGUAGAGAAAUUUUCAAUGAAUUUUUUAAAAGAUAUAUUAACAUAAAAGCAGAGAACAGUACAUUUUAUUCAGAUGGUGUCUGGUUUUUAAGUGAUGUGAUAUUUUGUUUAAGUCUUUCAAUAAUAAAGAAU